AUUUCACUUCCAAAUAUUUAUCUUGCGCUCUCCUCUCACCCCGUCACACCACGCACAGUCUUCCUCUCACUGGCAAAACCCUCGCUGCUGACCAAAAUAGAAGUAUUCGAGAAAUGGACCAUACUCAACCAACCACCGACGAAGGUGGCCCCAAUGGCAGUAAUACGGAGCAGCCACAAAUAGCGGAUGCGGAAAGCCCUUCGGCAGAAGACGCCUCUCCCGAGAUUGCAGAUGCGGCAGACACUCCAUCAGCUGAUGAAAAGGAGAAUGGAUUGAAGGAAAUGCAGGCCAAGUGGCCCGGGUGGCCCGGGUACACGGUGUAUCGGAUAGUGGUGCCGGUGCUGAAAGUCGGCAGCAUCAUUGGGCGCAAGGGAGAUCUCAUCAAGAAGCUGGUUGAGGAGACUCGUGCUAGGGUUCGCAUACUUGAGGGCCUUCUCACCUCCCCCGAUCGCAUUGUUCUGAUUUCUGGGAAGGAAGAACCAGAAGCACCACUGUCUCCUGCAGUAGAUGCCGUAAUAAGAAUAUUUAAACGCAUCAAUGGACUACCUGAGAAUUAUGGUGAUGACGAGGCUCUUGGUGCUGCUGGAAUUGCAUUUUGUUCAAUUCGGUUAUUAGUGGCAUCCUCGCAAGGCAUUAGUUUAAUAGGAAAACAAGGCUCUUUGAUUAAGUCAAUUCAAGAGAGCACUGGUGCCUCUAUCCGCAUUCUCUCCAAUGAUGAAAUGCCAGUUUAUGCCAAUUCUGAGGAAAGGAUUGUCGAAUUACAAGGGGAAGCUCUCAAGGUUCUCAAAGCUUUGGAAGCUGUGGUGGGGCAUCUGAGAAAAUUUUUGGUGGAUCAGAGUGUUCUUCCCCUAUUUGAGAAGAGUUAUAAUGCACCACCGGUCACACAGGAACGGCAAGUGGACACUUGGUCUGACAAGGCAUUGCGGCACACUACUCCAAGGACUUCAUUUGGGAAUGAUUAUCCUCUUCAAAUGAAGAGGGAUUCUUUAUUUCUUGAUCAUGAAAGCCAAAUGGAAUCACAUAUUCCUUCUUCUAGAUUUUCAUUGUAUGGAUCAGAUCAUGUCCCUGGAAAUCGUUCUUCGGCAGGAAUAGGACGUACUGGUGGACCAAUAGUAACUCAGAUAGCUCAGACAAUGCAAAUACCACUUGCUUAUGCAGAGGAUAUUAUUGGGGUUCAAGGAGCAAAUAUUGAUUACAUUCGACGCACUAGUGGUGCCAUCCUCACUGUGCAAGAAAGCAGGGGCCUACAUGAUGAAAUCACUGUGGAGAUAAAAGGUACCUCUUCACAAGUUCAAACUGCACAGCAGCUAAUUCAGGAAUUCACCAGUGGUCAUAGAGAAACAAUUCCCGAAACUUAUAGCAACAUGGACUCAAGUUUAAGGCCUUCCUACUCUUGGCUUGGCAUGGACUCAAGUCUGAGGCCUUCCUACUCUCAGCUUGGCAGUGGUUCCUACUCGUCCUCAUCAUACAGAGAACAACAUUAUGAUGGCUAUGGAUCAUCUGGCCUUGGAGGAUACCGUAGUUUUAGGCAAUGAAAAUUCAUCGGCCCGAGUUUUUGUUCAGAAUUUUCCUGACAACCUCACAACAUCUAUGCCUGAUCCUAAUCUGUAAAGCAUCUUCCCAUUGGCGAUGGAAAGAAACAGAGUUUUCUGUAAUCUGUUGUAUGUGGUUAGGUCUUUUGAUAUUGGUGCUCAAAAUUUUAUUGUUUAUGAGAGCAGUUGCUUAAAAUUUCGUGAAUGUCAAAUUAACAUUAUUUUAUAU